CCUGCAUCUAUUCUCCAUGAAACUGACAAGGGUCGAAGAAGACCGAAAUGAUGCUUUUAUGUUACCACUGCAAGACGAUAACAACACACAUUACCUAGAUCCCUUACUAUAAUGUUUCGCAUGGGGUGAACAGAUACCAAGCAGGACUGCAGUUCAACAGCCGGGCGGUAAUUCUGUCUCCGAAAAGGGGAUAUCCGAGCAAUGGCAACUGCGCAGUCUGCUGUAACAUUUGCAGUGUGCAUCCUCAUGAUAACAGAGCUGAUACUUGCCAAAAGGGACUACUACGACAUACUAGGAGUGCCGAAAGAUGCUUCUGAACGACAGAUAAAAAAGGCUUUCCACAAGCUCGCAAUGAAAUAUCACCCAGACAAGAACAAGAGCCCGGACGCUGAGCUGAAGUUCAGAGAAAUUGCUGAAGCUUAUGAAACUUUAUCAGACGAAACCAGAAGAAGAAGAUAUGACCACAUGGGUGAAAACUCUGCAUACUUCACCGGGGAGUCGCAGAGCAGACACAGACAAGGUGCCCAGCAACCUUUCACCUUCAACUUUGAUGACAUUUUUAAGGACUUUGACAUCCACAGUCACAACAGGCAUGCCCGUCAUCGAAGACACUUUGAUGAGGACCCCAGGUCCCACAAGGACCCCCACAGCCGUCAUCGGAGACACUUUCAAGGAAACUUUGGUGCGGGAAUCUUUGAGGACUUGUUUGACGACGCAGAUAAAAUGUUUACCUUUGAAAGGCACACCAAACAAACUGAAAACAGGUUUCAUGGUGCAUCGAAACAACACUGUAGAACAGUGACACAGCGCAGAGGAAACAUGGUAACCACUUACACAGACUGCACUGCAUCUUAGCAUGGAAUAUAUAAUGAUUUCUGAAAGAAAGAAGAUUGCCUUAAGGGGAUACAGCACGUUUAAUUGCUUGGGAAAUGGAAAGCCACUUGGUUCAAAUGCUGUGAAAUUGGAACCGUGACAUUCAGAUCAGAAAAUUCAGGCAGCAAACAGUCAAUGCUGUGCUUAACUUAGCCUAGGUUUAAAAUCUUAAUAAGCUAUGUUUGUUCAAGCUAUUCCCUAUAUACGUGUUCAUUGAUUUAUUUUAGAGAUGCACCGAUUGAGAAAAUCAGGGUCCAUACCAAUGUUUAAAAUCACAAUUCAGCCGAUACUAAUGUUUUUACAUUACUUCUUUUGGCGUAAGACUCCCACAGUGCCGACAUUUUCUCUCACGUUUGACCAUGAAAAAUAAUGAGUGUUUGCCAACAGGUGGCUUCCUCUGCCUAAUUAGAGAAACCUCUUCUAAGAAUCAGUUGUCAGCUGUAUCAGAUUCCAGCUUUAUUGGUACGCCACAUCGGUUCAUGCAACAUUAUUUGCUGAUGGGCCGAUGUCUGUCAACAGGGCUGAUAUCGAACGAUACUAAUGUGAAAUGAUGCAUCUUAAACAUGAUUGUAGUACCUCUUCACUUACUAUUGAUGUAAGCUAACAGAAAUAAUUUAGUAAGUAUUGUUUAGCACCUUAUGAGAUUGUGGAGUUUAUAAUGUAACUUGUUAAGUGAAACAUGGAGUACCCUUAUGUCAGUUCAUCUCCAGUUCAGUAAUUCCAUUUUGUUCUCCUGUACAGAUUUGACUUCCUUUUGUAUUAGCUUUGCCAUUGUGGUUCUCAAAACACAGCUGGUGGUAGGAACAAUGGCAGCCGGUGGUAUUUUGGGUAGCAAUUUCCACUGAAGUCUGUGACCCUCGACAUUUUGGAAUUUUAAACACGUUUGUACCAAAUAUUUUUCAAAUAGUCAUGUACUGAAUCUGCCAGUAAAUUCUUUUGAAACUCAAAGACUUAACCAUAUGUGAGUAAAUCAGAACCGUCUUAAUUAGAGAAUCUGUUCAAAUCUAUAAAGUAUUAAAUAUAAGCUGGAAAACAUUCAAAAUAGAAAUGUUUUUGACUCAGAAUUGUGUGAUAGUAAGUAACCUACAACCUAUGUGCUGAACACAGUUGAAAGAGUCAUCAAUUAAGUUUGCAAUAAUGUCCUGUUAUUCUUGGGCUGACUGUUAUAUAGUGAACCUCAUAGCUAACUCUUGCAUUAGGUCGUCUUAAAUCUGUCACCACCAUCUCUCAGUGCUGACGAGCUACUUAGUUUGGUACACGUAUACGCUUACUUUUUAGUUUUAGGUAUUAAUGAAGAAACACGGUACGUGUUUACAAUCAAUGAUUAAACCCUCAACCAUACUGUUUUCUUAACAUCAUCAUCUUUAAACUAGCCACAGUUACACACUCAGUUGUCUAUUGUGAAAUAUUUAUGUUUUGUAUUGAUACUUUUGUAAAUAUUGAACGGCACUUUCAGUUUUGUGUACAAACAAACUGUGUUUUGAGAAAUAAAAACUACAUACCAAA